AUGGCUCUCUUCGGCCAGCCGACCACUGGAGCUAGUUCGUCGCCCUUUGGGCAGCCCGCGCAGAAUCAACAGCAGACUCAAGGCGGCGGCGGCAUUUUUGGUGCCGCAAUGCAAAACAAACCUACGGGUGGAGGACUCUUUGGACAAUCGACACAGCAGAGCACGACCCCUACAACUGGUACAACUGGAGGCAUCUUUGGCGCUGCACAACAGAAUAGGCCGACCACGGGGGGGAUCUUUGGAGGCGGACAGCAGCAGACUGGAACUACGGGUGGCGGGUUAUUUGGGCAAACACCACAAAGCCAAACGACGGGCACGACUGGAGGCGGCAUCUUUGGCUCACAGCCUCAGGCUCAGCAGCAGCAGCAGCAGCAGAAGCCUUCUCUAUUCGGAGGAACAACCGGUCCAUCACUCUUUGGCGGUGCCUCUGCAGCACCACAGACGGGCGCCUUUGGAGGAAGUACUUUGGUAGGAAGCUCAGCCCAGCCCGCUGCGUUUGGCUCGACAACGACUGCCAGUGCCAUGCAGCAGCCUCAGCAAAAUACUGGUUUGUUAGGUGGUAGUCUCUGGGGUGCCUCGACCCAGACAGCUCAGCCUCAAGCUUCCCAACCCGCGGGCGCUUACUUUGACAGUUUGUUUGCCAAAACACAGAAAGAGGGUGGCGCCAAGACCAAUAUGGAGGACCUCCCCAGUCUCGAGCUCGGCCUAGGUGAUUUGCGACAUCGUCUGAGGAAACUUCAGUCCAAGCAGAACGAGAAGCCUCUGGACGGCAAAGCUCAUUAUUUGCUCGCUGCCUCGGGAGUCGAUCCCAGCACGGCUGCCAAGGACCUUGGCCUGCUAGACGUUCAGGGCGGGCGGGUUGAGCGCACACAUGGAUAUGCUCCUAGUGAGAUCGAUGUUGAGACGUACUUGUCCAACUUACAAACGAAGACGACACUCGAUAUGAUUUCUGAUGGCUUGGAACGAUCCAUCCGCGAUUUUGAUACCUUUCUUGAGGAUAACGUGGCCAUGGAGUGGGACGCCCAACGCAAGCGUAUUUAUCAGCACUUUGGCAUCAGGCCACGAGAGGACUCGGCCGCUGCUGCUCGGGAGUCCCAGGGUGGUUUUGGCCGUUCUAGGAGAAAAUCGCAGGCUGCUGGUGCUCGAACCGGCCGAAACAGUGUGUUGGGUAACACCAUGCUCCAACGAUCCGUUAUUGGCACUCCCAGCCGGAUUGGCACUCACCAAUCGGAGUUUUCUGAUAUGGAUCGUUCCGCUGAUGCAUCAGGAUCCCUCAAAUCACGCGGUACCACUGAAGACCGGGUACUUCGUGAGAGACAGGCCAAGUUGGCGGAGAAGGUUCGCACGCUCAACGUUGCUCGUGUCAGAAAGCAUCCGUUCCCUAUUCUCACGGAACUGGGUGAGGUGGAACAGAAGUCUCACGAGCCACAUGCGUCGCAUGUAGUUGAGGCUUACCGCGCUAUGAUUGAGAUUGUAGGCGAAGAUCCGGAAGCUGAAACAACAAUCAACAGUGCGACAGCCAAGGAGCGCCAGUUUGCCGGCAUGUACUUGGAUGAAAACCCUAACUCUGCGGCUUCUGUCGCGAUGAAGAAACGGAUUCUCCAUGGCUCGACCGCCUUCCUUGAGAAGCAGUUCCUGAGGGAGGUUGAGUCUCUGAUUGCCAAGCAUCCUCACGAAGCGAAGCUUGGUGGUUUGCCAGACAUCACAAGCAAAAUCAAGGCGUAUAUCCGUCUUCGUUCUGCCAGGAAAGACUUGGUGCCGGACAAUACGGAGCUACAGCAGAUUCAGGGCGAGUUUGUCUGGGCUGUAGUAUUCUACCUGCUGAGAUCUGGUCAUGUGAAUGAAGCAGCCCAAUAUGUCAACGACAACAGCAACCAUUUCAUGGGAAUUGAUCGCACUUUUGCGACAUAUCUCAACAACUACGCCGCCAGCGAGGAUCGGCGGAUAACAAGUAGAAAGCUGCUGGACCGAUGUACCAAUGAGUAUAUCCAGCGAUCGCGAAAUGCUCCCGAGAACUCUAUCGAUCCGUUCCGCAUGGCUUGUUACAAGGUCAUUGGACGAAUUGAGCUGAGCAAUCGUAAUUUGGAUGGCUUAAACACCGAUAUCAACGACUGGAUCUGGCUACAGUUCAACCUCGCUAGGGAAGGGGACAAGACAGUCGAGAUGGCUGGCGAGUCAUACGGUUUGGCAGAGCUGCAAUCGAGCAUCAAGGAAAUCGGACUCAAACACUUUCCAAAGUCCACUUCGGAGGAUACCACGAACGGCAGCUUCGGCAUGUUCUUUUAUCUGCAAAUUCUAGCAGGCAUGUUUGAGGAUGCCAUCGCAUACUUGUAUCCGUUUUCGUAUGUGGAUGCUGUCCACUUUGCGUUGGCACUGGUGUACUACGGACUGCUGCGUCCAAGCGAUCCCAUGUCGGCAUCAAACGAUUUGCGCAGCUACAGUGUCAAGAAUCUGCCCCAGAUCAACUUUGGUCGCAUGAUUGGGUACUAUACGAGAGACUUCCGAGCUGCGGAUGUAGUGUCUGCUGUGGAUUACCUCACUCUUAUCUGCCUCAACAAGGACCUGGGCGGUGAGGCCGGCGAACGCCAGAGCAACCUGUGCCACGAGGCUUUGCGCGAAUUGGUGCUUGAGACUCGUGAAUUCAGCAAGCUUAUUGGCGAUAUUCGACCAGACGGCCGCGCUAUCCGUGGCAUCAUUGAAGAGCGCGGCGCUUUGAUUGGCCUCACAGAGGAGACAGACUUUGUCAACACAGUGACAUUGCAGGCGGCUAGUUUUGCAGAUGAGAGCGGCCGCACCACCGACUCGGUCCUCCUGUACCAUUUGGCUGGUGAGUAUGAUACCGUCGUGGCCAUUGUCAGCCGGGCGCUCAGCGAGGCCAUCUCUCUGGAGAUUGGUGAAGAUCCCAUGCGUCUCAUGCCUGUCAAGCCCCGAGCCGGCGGCGCAGAGGCGGACUCUCAGCAGGGCAGCAGUCUCAGCCUAGCGUCAAUCGACGACCCCGUCGAGCUAGCAAGGACCAUGAUGACCAUGUAUGAGCGCGAGGUCAUGUUCUAUCGCAAGAUUCAGGACCAGAACAAGACAGCAUGCCGUGUUCUCCUAGAAAUGAGCAGCAUCAAGAAGCUAGUUGAGGCCGGCCAAUGGGCUCAGGCACUGGAUAAAAUCCGCGGCCUGGAAAUCCUGCCUCUCCACGCAGCCGGCGACGCAAGCACCAUUCGUGCGUACGCAUCCAAAUUUUCGGGUCUAUCGCAGCCAGUUUCCAUCAAUGUUCCCAACCUGCUUAUGUGGACGAUUAUAUGCUGCGUUCGACAGAGGGAGCAGCUCAACAAUGGGCAAUUCAGUGGCAAUGAGGGUACGAGGAGGAUGAUGGUGGAGCAGUUGAAACAGAUGACGCUAGAUUUGACGACAUAUACUAGUCAGUUGAGGUACAGGUUUCCGCCGCAUUUGCACGAGGCGUUGGCGAGGGCAUCGGCGGAGUAG